ACGACCUCCCGCAGCAGCGGAACGCCUCCUCCAGGCGCAAUUCGCCCAGAAAGCAGCGGAUCUUCUUUUUUUUAUUCUGCGGUUUACCGCGUCAACGUCCGCUUUGGAUAUCCUCGCGACUCCGUGUGUGAACGCGGACCCCGUAACGGACCCCGUCCCGGACCCCGUCCCGACAUGCUCCCGAUGCGGACCCGAAGCCGGCUGUGAGAACCUUUCGAAGCGGACCGAGUGGAAAUGCCUCCCCGGAGCGCUGAACCUGUUCCACCCCGCACACAAAGCCUGUGAAGCAGGCCGAGUGUUUUUUUCUCCCCCCUCACGCGCCGAUGAUGCUCAAACAUGUCGGGGAAUCAGUACAAAGGCAACGAAGUCAGCUGCUGCAUCAAAUACUUCAUCUUCGGGUUCAACAUCCUGUUCUGGCUGCUGGGCAUGGCCUUGGUUGGGAUUGGACUGUGGGCGUGGAGUGAGAAGGGGGUCCUGUCCAACAUCUCGUCCAUCACGGACCUGGGGGGGCUGGACCCGGUCUGGCUCUUCAUGGUGGUCGGGGCGAUCAUGUUCAUUCUGGGCUUUGCAGGAUGCAUCGGAGCGCUGCGGGAAAACACGUUUCUACUCAAGUUUUUCUCAGUGUUUCUGGGGAUCAUCUUUUUCUUGGAGCUGACGACGGGCAUCCUGGCCUUCGUCUUUAAGGACUGGAUUAAAGACCAGCUCAACCUGUUCAUCAACAACAACAUCCGUGCGUACCGCGACGACAUCGAUCUGCAGAACCUCAUCGACUUCACUCAGGAAUACUGGGAGUGCUGCGGCGCGUUCGGAGCAGACGACUGGAACCUGAACAUCUAUUUCAACUGCACCGAUGGGAAUCCCAGUCGAGAGAAGUGCGGCGUUCCCUUCUCCUGCUGCACCAAGGACCCGGCGGAGGAUGUAAUCAACACUCAGUGUGGAUACGACAUUCGAGCUAAACCAGACGCGGAGCAGAAGGACUACAUCAACAUGAAGGGCUGCGUGCCGCAGUUUGAGAAGUGGCUGCAGGACAACCUCACCCUGGUGGCCGGGAUCUUCAUUGGAGUCGCUCUGCUGCAGAUUUUUGGGAUUUGUCUGGCCCAAAACCUAGUGAGCGACAUUGAAGCUGUGCGAGCGAGCUGGGUGCCCCCCUCUCCCUCCACGGGUCGAAUCCCACCACCCUCCAGCAGGAAAGCAUCAGCGUACUCCUCAUGACACACACACACACACGCUGCUUGUGUGUUUGUAGCCGUUUCUUUACCUGAUGCUGACACAGCAUUUCAAUUCAAACAGCUGCCCUCAGAUGCCCUCCUUCGAGCACAUCGCCAGGGAGCCUCGCUGUCCUCCUGCACCUGUUUUUCUUCACUGAACCAGCACCUUUCCCCGAGGCACUACUACGUAAACGCUCUGUACAUAACACCGAGUUGUUGAGGGGCUCGAACACGCACGCCGCUCAGCGUAGAGUUUUGUACAUCUUUUUGAUAAUGAUGGGUACCGUCGCUCCACUGCUGACCCCAUCAAGCAGGACUGUGACGUCGCUGCUCGUCCCAGCUGAGCGCUUGUUUUGUGCACCUUUCCACCGCUCACUCUCCGGAUCUGGUGGGUGGAGUUACAAAACUGAAAACAGACUGACGCUUCUUUUUUCUUCUUCUCACAACAACACCUUCUUCUUUUACUCUGGCAAACUUGCAUUUAGAAAACAUUUCACAUGUGAACUUUGGCUUUUUUUUUUGUUAAUGGGUAUUUUUACAUCGAUACAAAACAUUUACUAAGACACCGUCUGUAUGGUGAAAGUUAUUGGUUUCUAGAAGUAUCCCUUUGAUCCACAGUCCUCUCUGAGAGGAACAACGCUCUCCAGAGUCCAACGCUUUAAAGGGCCAGUGUGUAGGAUUUAGGCUGUAUUGGCAGACAUGGAAUACAGUAUUAAUAACUAUGUUUUCAUUAGUGUAUAACCACCUGGAACUAAGACUGGCUGUGUUUUCAUUAGCUUAGAAUGGGUCCUUCAUAUCUACAUAGGUUUGUAAAUAUGAAGGGCAGGGUUUGAAAAAUCCAAACUAAUCUUUUCAAUGAAAAACUUAUUAUACAAAAAAAGAUUUAUAUUUCUCAGUAGUAAGGAUUUGAAAAAGUCCAGUUUCAGCAUCUGUACUCAAACUAGCCCGGUCCUACUAUCACGUUAAUCCCUUAUUUCACACUUUUUUGAAACGGUGUGAACAUUUGAAAUGACCUGGAUCAUUUUUAAACGUGUUGAAGGUCUGAUCCACGUGUGUCGUUGUAACCCCGCCGUCAUUUCAUUUCAUAUGUUGGUGAGAACCGGGAGGAGGGGAUGUUUCACCACGAACAUCUGAGUGAAAACACCACCUGGUCGUCUUCACUGCCUCUACUUUGAUGCACAAUGAACACAUCUGAAACGGGAAUGUUCGGAUGUUCGUUUCCCUCGGUGUUUCUUUCGAUGUUUUAAAGCGAUUAUUUGCUCGAAGCAUGCAUCACUUUUGCAAAGUAUUUGCAGCAUUUUUCCAGUAAAGUAUGUUCAGAUUGAUAUUGUGGAGCUUGAACACUGAAUAUGUUCAUCAACAAGGGAUCAGCCGUGUUUCUGAUUGUACAUCUGAAGCAGACGGAGGAAGUGUGAGGAGCACUGCAGUCCGGCUGUCUCGCCUCUCACUCAUCACGAUUAGAUGAUCACAUGGAACCCCACAAACACUGUCAUGUAACUAACUCCUAAUGUCCUCGUCUCAUGUCCUGUUGAAAUUGGACUGAUUUUAAUAUCAAUUACAAUUUAUUAAAGUGACAAAAAAAUAAAUAAAAAGUGCAUACUUGA